ACGCUUAUUUGGCUAAAAUAGCAAACUAAAUCAAAGUUGAUUGAUUAUAUUGGUAACCAUAAGUUGGUGUGUCAAAGCUGAUUGAUUUUGUAUUUGGUUUUGUAGUUUUGCAUUAUUUUAUUUGGUUUUUAUAUUCAAAGGAGUAGAUUAACAAUUAUGGAUUUAAUAUUUUCUAUCACAAAAAGGGAUUAGCUUAGUGAAAAGACAAAACAAAAAAACUAAAACUAAAAAAGGAGGAGUAAAAGGACGAGUAAAUCAAAAGAAAGUACCUAGCAGUAAAAGUAAAGAAAAGAAUAAAAAUAAAAAACACAAAACUAAAAAGUACUCAUAAGUCGUAACAAUCAAGAAGGGAAAAGGAUGAGUAUGGCGGAUGAGUAUUACGAAUGAGUAUGACGGCAUAAGAAAAUAAAGAAAACGAGAUGGUGGCUGAAGAAAUAAGAUUAGAGAAAAGAAAAGAGAAUGACGGCAGAAAAGGAAAAAGUAUGGAGCGAAUUGAUGAUCCAGCGAGAAGGAAAAAGUAUGGCAUCAAAAACUUAAAGUUGCUUAAAAUUACAAAAUAACCGGGUGUAUGUACACCCGGAUGUAGGAUAUAAUUUGCCGGGAUGGGGGCAUAUUUGAUAAUUCCAUUCCAAAUCAUUAUAUGCUUUUUAAUUUAGAUUUAAAUAAUUCAACUGCAUCAUUCAUAUUGGUCCAUUUGGACAAAGUCACAAAGGUACGGUACAUUUGGGGUACCAUAGAAUCUACCAUAUUAUAAAUACAAAAGCAAGAUACAAACGCCCAAUUCAAGUCAAUUUGGCAGCAAAUAAAUAAAAUGGAGUCGUCGUCGUCGUCCAUUAUGAUAAUUUACAGCUGCAUGAUGGCAGUAGCGAUUAUUCCGGUGGGUUUCUGGGUAUGGGCAUUGUUGGAUUGGGUGUGGUUUAAGCCCGGCCAGAAGAUUGGAGGGGUGCCUUAAGCAGCAGGGUCUGAAGGGUAACCCCUACAGAGUCCUCCAUGGAGACAUGAAAGAAACAUCCAGAAUGGUAAAUGAUGCGGAUAACUCCCACCCGAUGAGUCCGUCCGACGAUGACAUUGCCCCCAGAAUGCUUCCACAUUUCCUUCAAAUCAUCAACAAAUAUGGUAAAAAUUGCUAUAUAUGGAUGGGUCCAACUCCUAUGGUGUUCAUCAUGCAUCCUGACCUAAUAAAAGAGGUUUUGAAUAAAAACUACCUAUAUCAGAAGCCUCACGCCAAUCCACUAGCAAGGAAUCUAGUUCAAGGAAUAUUCACCUACGAAAAUGACAAGUGGAAAAAACAUAGAAGGUUACUCAAUCCUGCUUUCUUUACCGAGAAGCUAAAGCUUAUGGAACCCGCAUUUAUGAUAAGUUGUGGUGAUAUGGUGAGAAAAUGGGAAGCGAGAGCCGAAGAGUAUUGUGAGGUGGAUGUGUGGCCGGACCUUCAAACCAUGACAAGCGAUGUCAUUUCUCGAACCGCAUUCGGGAGUAGCUACAAAGAUGGAAGGAGGAUAUUCGAACUCCAAACAGAACAAGCCUUGCACGUCACAGAAGCAAUGCGGCACGUUUAUGUGCCUGGAUGGAGAUAUGUGCCGACAAAGAGGCAUAGAAGAAUGCAUGACAUUAAGAAGGAAGUGAAAUCAUGCAUUCGAACCAUUAUAGAGAAAAGGUUGAACGCCAUGCAGGUAGGAAGGACAAACAAUGACGAUCUACUUGGAAUACUACUACAAUCUAACUUGCAAGACAUCAAGAAACAUGGGAACAAAGGGGCUGGGAUGAGCAUUGAGGAAGUCAUUGAGGAGUGUAAGUUGUUUUAUUUUGCAGGGCAAGAGACUACCUCUGUGUUACUCGUAUGGACUAUGGUUUUACUCGGCAGAUUUCGAGAAUGGCAAGCUCAAGCUAGAGAAGAGGUGCUGCAAGUUUUUGGUAGGGACAAGGAGCCACAUUUCCAAGGACUAAAUGACCUCAAAGUUGUGACAAUGAUUUUAUAUGAGUCCUUAAGACUAUACCCGCCAGGAACUAACUUGACUAGGAGUACGAUCGAGGAGAUAAAACUUGGAGAUAUAUGACAUUGCCUCCUGGGGUGAUGUUGUCAUUACCUAUACUUUUGCUACAUCUUGAUAGUGAUAUAUGGGGUGUAGAAGCUAAAGAGUUCAAACCAGAUAGGUUUAGCAAUGGUAUAAUGAAAGCAACAAAUGGAAAACACGCUUUCUUCCCAUUUGGUGGAGGGCCUCGUAUAUGCAUUGGCCAAAACUUUGCUUUGGUAGAAGCUAAAAUGGCAAUGGCAAUGAUUCUGCAACGCUUUUCCUUUGAGCUCUCUCCUUCUUAUACUCAUGCUCCAUUUACAAGAGCGACCACUCAACCAAAGCAUGGUGCUCCUCUUAUUAUGCAUAAGCUUUAGUGUUCCGUUUCUUAUGUUGGGGCUAGGGUCUCGGUUUUGGGAUUGAUGGUUCAAGACUUAUUUACACCUUGUGCAGUGUUUGCACUGUUAUACAUUUACUUUUGUUCAAGUCUGUUCGAUGAGAGAUUCCUCCAUUACGUAUCUCUUUUAUGUUCAUCACCAUAAUGUUCAUGAAUAAUAAAAAACAUAUUCUGCAUGCC